AACUCAGCUAGUGUCUCCACACGGCGCGUCACCCGGAAGUACUUCUGCAGUAGGUGGCGUUUGCACGUGUGCGCUUCGUGCCUGGAACAACAUGGCUUCGUGCAUAGAGGAUGUGUUGGCGAAGGCUGAGCAAGAUGAAGCCGAGAAACUCAAAAGUAUCACCGUGGUGAAGGAACUCGAACUCGAGUUCGACAUCGGCAACCUCCUUGCACACGACAAGAACCAAAUCGACAUCCGUGAGUUCCGUGGACAGAAGAAAGAGGAGUUUCUGCGAUCCCUGGCCCGGGACAACACGCAGCUCCUGGUCAACGAGAUCUGGAAGUUACCCACCGAGAGGGUUGACGAGGCGAUCGUGGUCAAACUACCCACCCCGUCCACCAGAUUGCCCCGAGAGAAACCCGCUCCCAAGCCAAGACCGCCAACCAAAUGGGAAGAGUUCGCCAAGCUGAAGGGGAUCCAGAAGAAGAGGAGGACCAACUUGGUGUGGGACGAGGUGGCCAAGGACUGGAAGCGACGCCACGGCUUCAAGAGGGCCAAGGAUGACACGAAGGAGUGGCUGAUUGAGGUGCCCGUGACGGCGGACCCCAUGGAGGACCAGUUCCAGAAGCGCAACACCGCCAAGCGGGAGCGGGUUGCGAAGAACGAGCUCAACCGGCUACGGAACAUCGCCCGGUCGCAGAAGAUCAAGUUGCCUGGCGUGGAGCUUCGCCCCACCGGCACACAGUCCAAGGCGGACCUCGCCACGGCCGCCACCGUCGCCUUGGCGUCCACAGCAUCCCACGGGAAGUUCCAGGACCGCCUGCCCAAGGAGAAGCCCCAGAGGAACGGGGGCAAGAAGAGGAAGUUCCAGCCGCUCAUCGGAGACUUCUCCAGCGAGAAGCAGAAGCAGCUGGACAUCCUGAAGGUGAUCGACGGCAAGAGGCCCCGUAUGGACGUGACCAAGGCCACCAACAAACAGAUGAGGGAGGACGACCGGGAGGAGGCGUCGGCCCGGUUCAAGAAGGGCAAGAAGGGACGGACUGACGGGGGCAGGGGAGGCAGAGGAGGCCGCGGGGGCAAGAGUAGAGGGGGAAAGCCUGGUGGAGGUAAACCAGGUGGAGGAGGAGGAGGAGGCAGAGGUGGUGGGGGGAGAGGAAGAGCGAUGGGAGGCGGAGGGAGAGGUGGAGGCGGAGGAAGAGGUGGUGGUGGGUUUGGAGGGGGAGGAGGUAGGGGUGGUGGUGGAGGCAGAGGUAGGGGUGGCGGAGGAGGAAGAGGUGGUGGAGGCGGCAGGGGGGGAGGAAGAGGGGGAAAUCGCUGAAAAGACUUCCCAGAGAACUGAACAGAAGGGUUGCCAUGUGAAAAAGACUUUUCAUGCAUCUGUGAUGAUGUUGUCAGAUUGUCUGUGCUUUGUGUUGACGCGGCUGUCUGUAACACAAUGAGCCAACGUGGGAUUGUGUUCCGACAUGUGUGGAAUAUAUUUUAUACGUCCCAGAGGUUUGUGAAAAUAUGCAUAAGUAAUUAAAAUGAAAAUCUC